AAUAACACAAACCAGAAGAAGAAUACAACAACAAACCCAUCAAAGGAAAAACUUCUUCUUCUCUCCAGACAAACCUCUGUUCCAAGCAGAGUUUAUAUGUCGGAUUUCAGCAAUUCAACCAUCUCACUCAACGACUUCUCAAACUCUUUCCUCAUAAACAUUCACAUCUUCACCUACGAAGAGCUCAAAACGAUCACACAAGGCUUCUCAAAGUAUAAUUUCCUCGGUGAAGGAGGAUUCGGGGAAGUCUUCAAAGGUUUUGUUGAUGAUAGUUUCAAGACUGGUUUGAAAGCUCAGCCUGUUGCUGUUAAGGCAUUGAAACGAGAAGGUGGACAAGGCCAUAGAGAGUGGCUGUAUGGUGGAGCCUUGCCUUGGUUAACAAGAGUGAAGAUUCUACUUGGUGCUGCGAAAGGCCUUGAGUUCCUUCACAAACAAGAGAAACCUGUCAUAUACAGAGAUUUUAAGCCUUCCAACAUCCUCUUGAGCUCGGACUUCAGCUCUAAGCUUUCAGAUUUCGGCUUAGCCACAGAUGGAUCAGAGGAAGAAGACUCAAACUUUACCAAAAGUGUAAUGGGCACAGAAGGCUAUGCAGCUCCAGAAUACAUCUCAGCAGGUCAAUUGACGACAAUGAGCGACGUGUUCAGUUUCGGGGUGGUGCUUUUGGAGAUGCUAACAGCUAGAAAGGCAGUGGAGAAGUACCGGGCACAGAGAGGGAGGAACCUAGUGGAAUGGGCAAGACCCAUGUUAAAGGAUCCCAACAAGCUUGAACGGAUCAUAGAACCGAGUCUCGAAGGAAAAUACUCGGUUGAAGGCAUCAGAAAGGCAGCUGCUUUGGCUUACCAGUGCCUGAGCCACAACCCUAAGUCACGACCAACUAUGACCACUGUGGUUAAGACCCUAGAGCCUAUUCUAGACCUCAAAGACAUCCAAAACGGACCGUUUGUGUACAUCGUUCCAGUAGCAGGUUCAAAUGAAGUUCAUGACCUCAAAAGUAAGGAUGAUGUCAAAGUCGUAAAAGAUGAAACAGAGAAGGAGGCAAAAGUCUUCCCACGACACCGAGCAGGUCGAAGGAGCAGACGUAAACACAAGGCAAUGAGGUCUCGUGCAGUAUAUUCAGACACUGCUCUAUACAAGAGUCUAGGAACCAGUUUAUAUACCCCGGCCAACUAAAUUGAUGCACAAAAAGCAAAAUUAUUUAAUUUUUAAACAGGUAUAGAUAUUAGGAUACGUUAAUAUACAGGGAAAAUACGAAAAAGGCUGUGUUAGAUAAAUGAAGAUACCAUAA